CUGGCAGGUACACCAUCGCAGCGCCGUCCUCCUGUUUUCCAGGCUUGUGUUUUGCUGACCACAUCCUGCCGACGGCCCCGAGCAUGAACGCAGCGGCCGGACAUGGCGCUGGUGCUGCUGGCCGGUCGUUGAGCUCCCGUUCCCGGUAAGCGCCAUGAGCAGCGGCGCGGACGAGGGGGAGGACGGCGGGUCCCGGGACGAGUGGACCCUGCUGCUGUGGACCUGCGUGUCGGUGCUGGUGCCGGUGCUGCUGACCCUGUGGUGCAGCACACAGCGCUCCCGCCGCCAGAGCUUCGUCAAGGACUUCUUCCGCCAGAGCGCGCACGGCUGGCACUACACGGACCUGUUCAACAAGCCCACCUACUGCUGCGUGUGCCAGCAGCACAUCCUGCAGGGCGCCUUCUGCGACUGCUGCGGCGCAUGCGCAGACGAGCUGUGCCUGCGCAGGGCCGACCGCAGCCUGCAGUGCAAGGAGAUCAUGGCCCCGUGCAAGGGCCCGCAGGCGGGCCCGCCGCACCGCUGGCUGCGCGGGAACGUGCCGCUGGCCAGCUACUGCGCCGUGUGCGCGCAGCAGUGCGGGACGCAGCCCAAGCUGUGCGACUACAGGUGUGUGUGGUGUCAGACCACGGUUCACGACGACUGCAUGGACAGCCUGCCGGACCCGGACGUGUGUGACCUGGGCGAGUUCCACGGCCUCAUCAUCCCCCCCCAGUACCUGUACCGCGUCAACAAGCUGCGGCGCCGCCACCCUGACGAGUACGCCAAGCUGGCGGCGUCCUGCGGCAGCGGCUGGACUCCGGUGCUGGUCCUGGCCAACACGCGCAGCGGCAACAACAUGGGAGAAGCUCUGCUGGGGGAGUUUCGCAGCGUGCUCAACCCUGUGCAGGUGUUCGACCUGUCCCAGCUGUCUCCAUCCAAGGCCCUCCAGCUGUGCACCCUGCUGCCCCCCGGCAGCGUGCGGGUGCUGGUGUGUGGAGGGGACGGCACCGUGGGCUGGGUGCUCGACGCCAUCGACUCCAUGAAGCUGAAGGGUCAAGACCAGUUCAUCCCCCGGGUGACCAUCCUCCCCCUGGGAACAGGAAACGACCUCUCCAACACUCUGGGCUGGGGGGCCGGCUACGCCGGGGAGAUUCCCGUGGAGCAGGUCCUCCGGAACAUCCUGGACGCAGAGGUGGUCAAGAUGGACAGGUGGAAAGUCCAGGUCGCUUCAAAAGGCCUCUACUUUCGUAAACCAAAGGUUCUGUCCAUGAACAACUACUUCUCCGUGGGGCCCGACGCUCUGAUGGCGCUCAACUUCCACGCCCACCGCGAGAAAACGCCCUCCUUCUUUUCCAGCCGCAUCAUUAACAAGGCUGUGUACUUCUUGUACGGCACCAAAGACUGUUUAGUGCAGGAAUGUAAAGAUCUGGAUAAGAGGAUUGAGCUGGAGUUGGACGGGGAGCGGGUGGCGCUGCCCAGUCUGGAGGGAAUCAUCGUCUGUAACAUCGGCUACUGGGGUGGAGGCUGCAGACUCUGGGACGGGAUGGGAGACGAACCCUGCCCCCCGACUCGGCUGGAUGAUGGUCUGCUGGAGGUCGUGGGCGUGUUUGGCUCCUUCCAUUGUGCUCAGAUCCAGGUCAAGCUGGCCAACCCUGUGCGUCUUGGGCAGGCGCACACCGUCAGGCUGGUUCUGAAGACGUCCACGAUGCCGAUGCAGGUGGACGGGGAGCCGUGGGCCCAGGGCCCCUGCACCAUCACCAUCACCCACAAGACGCAGGCGUUCAUGCUGUACCACAGCGCGGAGCAGACGGACGACGACGACGAGGAGUCCAGCGUCUCCGAGGCGGAGAGCCCCACGCCGCACGACUCGCCCCGGCCCGCGGGGCCGGACUCUGACACCAUGUGACCCGCCGUUCGCCUCACUCUCUCCCCUGAGUUUGUUUGAUCCAUCGUUUCUUUUAGUUGCUCUCCCCUCCAGCUCUUUUAACUCCUAACACGCAAUCAAGUUUUUCUGUGCAAUACGUUUUCAGAGAGCUCCUAUAGUUUGGAGUUCUGCCUCAACCUUCAGGUCCCUCAGAGCUCAGGCACUCCCCGCCCAGGCAGCCAGGAAUAUGUUGGAGAAAGACUGCUGUUUAUUUGCACUGAUCCUUUGUGCCAUAGCGCCUGUAGUUGACUGUAUUGUAUUUAUUAUAGUGUAUUUCCAGAGGAAUGCCCAGUGCAGCCCUGCAGGUAUCGGAAAGCCAUUCUUGACAUGCUUCCCAGGUCCAACCCACUCCUUGAAAGCCAUGUUUAAAUCCACAGCAGGUGGUGAAGCUGGAAACUCUCAGAACAGCGCUGUUACAUGAUGGUUGUGGAAGUCUAGCGGAUGCCACAUACCUUCUUUUCCCACCAAAGUACGGCCAAUCAGAGCGGUGUGCAUAAAAUAUCUGCUCAAAUUCUUUCU